CUGUUCCGCUGCUGCAAAGGAAAGUGAAGGUGGUGAGAGUAGAGUGACGAACAGGGGGAGAUAUCUGAUGCUGAAGACGCUAUUGGCUGACAACACUUUGUAGCCCACUGUCUGUGACAGCGAGUGGGAUUUCCUUAACCGUUUCGUGAUGUGUAAUGACCCGACGACACCCCCCACACACUUUCUACAUGACAAGGGUCUGAUUUGUUUAUUGCAGUCGAACAUAAUUGCUCAACUGUUAAGGGACUUGUAGAUCGAGCUUUUCGAACCUAUUCAACUCUGUUUGCUUUUAGACACAUAAACUUCUGCUUCCUCAAAUACUGAAUGGCUGUUGCUGGAGCUUUCACUUUCUCUAUAGAGCGAUUCGGCAAGUCACAGUGGAGAAUUCAAGGGGAAAUUUCAGCCCUGAUGGGUGGGAGUUUCCACUGCGACGGUGGAGUUACAGUGAGGGUUUGAUCUGUUGUGGUUAGUUUAACCUCACAGCUUGGUUCCUGACAGCUUUUUUCCCUUCAACAACAACAACAAAGCGGUGUCAAAAUGAAGUUUCUUGAGCUGGAUGACUCGAUCGGUCGCUUCAGGUUUUCACAGUCCUGUUUGGGAUUAGUGGGGUGCCUGUGUGUGUGCUAUGCAGUCUGGACACCUUACUGGGUGAAGGACAGGGGACUGUGGACGGAGUGGAACGCCACUGAAAGCGACCAGACGAAUCCUAAAGAUGAUAUUGGCAUCAACGCUCUGGAAGCAGAGAGGGUCUUUGGAGUUCUCUCCUUCCUGAUGGCCGUGAGCACGGCUGCUCUGUGUCUGGUGUUUGCCCUCUGCUGGACAUCCCAGACGGUGCGCUCCUACUCAAACACUCGCGCUCUCCUCAUUGUACAAAAGGCGCUCUACCCCACUACCCUGCUGCUGUUCACCAUGGCCCCCACAGGUUUCUUCUUCCUCCUGAGCUGGUCUUUUUUCACAUAUCAGCACCGUGAAGAAAUCCGUCAGGACUUUUCCAGUCUUGGCUCCUCCUAUUGGCUGGGGGCUUUAGGUUGGACCCUGCUGCUCGUCGUGGAGCCGAUCGUCUUUAUCGUUGAACAGGCUGUCGUGCCAGACAUCCUACCUGACUUGGAGAAUGCUGUGGAGCCAUGGCGGAUUUCCUCUCCAUCUGAGGCCGACGAACAAUCUUUUAGUCAAAGUUCUCAUCCUUUUAACCCCAAAAGCAACAAGGGUGUGAUGAAAUAUAUGUCUGAAUUUUGAAUGGAGUUCAGAAACAAAAAGGACACGAAUAUGAAUAUGACGCUAAAGGAGUCAGUUUACACAUUAUUGCACACAAACUCAGCUAACUGUGCACUGAAAGAAUCCUGAAGUCAGAAGAACUGAAGUUUCCUGCUGGGCUUACUGUGGAAAUCAUUUUCUGGUUUGUUGACUGGUUCACUGGUUUGUUGAUUGAAAUGAAACCACAACACACUAAGGACUAAUAACAUACCAACUAGUGAAAUACACAACUAAUGAUAGGUUUGCGCCUCAGCCAGGAUCAGGUCCAGGUAUAAAGGGCUCUGAGUUCAAUCUACGUAAACAAGACAUUCAGUUAGUACAUUUAUCUAAAUAGUGCUGCUGCGAUAUAUCUUACCUGAAGUCAUUGUUAUGGCCAUGUGACACUUCAAAUAGUAAUUGUCAUGUAAAAGAUGAUAGGUACUGAUUAAUGUUGACAGAUUUACACAUUACAAGCAUUUUUGGUCUGUUACAUAUGUUUUUCUGUUUUUUGGAGAUUUAACUUGGGUUUAUUUAUAAACAGAUGAGUAGUUCUCAGAUAUAUUCGUGAGCCCAGACUAUAAUUUCAACUACAGCAUUGUUUUAAUGCAGAGCUCCAUGAGGGCCUGAAGAUCAUGGCCAUUCAGUACUUGUUUUCAGCCGUGUCCCUUAUGCACAUUUCUUUUAAUAGUAGAUUGCACUGUAGUUAAGGAAAUUCCCACUUGCAAAUUCUUUGCAAUUUUUACAGUAAGAAACAUUGGUGCGCAUCAACAGAAUUCCAACUAUUGUCAGCCAGCUGUCAUUUGGCAGGACGUGGGGUACAUCUUUGAGUGGCUGCCAGUCCGUUGUAGGACUAACAAGAAACAAUGUUCUUGAACGGUCUGCCUGCACUACCUUUCACACUGGUGGACUCUUCUCCUUUAGACUUUUGAAACACUCUCUUUUCUUUUCUUUUUUUAUACCAAGUCUUUAUUAAUUGUGAAUUUUGUUACUUUGUUGUUUUUUGUUGUUGUUGCCCAUUUUGUAUUUUUUUUUAAUGUUAUCAAAAAACAAUAAAAC